AUGCUGCUGGCUCGAUCGCCUUCGCUCCGUCGUUUUCCAGUUAUCCUGUGGCGUGCCGCCGCGGCCAUGGCACACAAUAGUGCACAGCCGAACGGCUCGGCUCACGGCGCCUUCACGCUCACGGCGCUGAGUCGGUGGUCGGUGGUCAACAAGCAGCUUCCCUCCGCUGACUCCAUAAGCGCCAUACACAUCUACGAUUUCGACAACACACUAUUCAAGACGCCAUUGCCGAAUCCGAAGCUGUGGAACGGACAAACGCUGGGUCAGCUGGGCAACCCCGACAUAUUCAUAAAUGGCGGUUGGUGGCACGACUCGCGGAUCCUUGCUGCCACGGGCGAGGGCGCCGACAAAGAAGAGCCUCGUGGUUGGGAUGGAUGGUGGAACGAAAAAAUCGUUGAGCUCGUGCGUCUGAGCAUCAAGCAAGAUGAUGCGUUGACAGUCCUGCUCACGGGUCGUGGCGAGCAAGGUUUCGCGGACCUGAUCAAGCGCAUUGUCAACUCCAAAGGUCUCGAGUUCGACAUGGUCGGCCUCAAACCCGCUGUAGGUCCCAACGACGAGCGCUUUCGCAACACGAUGCACUUCAAGCAAGUCUUCCUUCAACAUGUAAUGGAGACCUACAAACAUGCGCGAGAGUUGCGCAUUUACGAGGACCGGCAGAAACACGUCACGGGUUUCCGCAGCUUCUUCAACGACUACAACCAGAAGCAGAGAGGCCAGAAUGGAGGCACUACCACAAGAGGUCCGAUCAGCGCCGAAGUUGUGCCAGUAGCAGACAUUUCAACAACGCUUGACCCGGUUGUUGAGGUUGCCGAAGUGCAACAUCUGGUCAACGGCCACAACGCCCUUGUGGCGCAAGGCCAGAACGGCAGAAAACUCUCUCUUAAGAAGACCGUGUUCUUUACGAGUUACAUGAUCAACCAGGCCGACACGAAACGACUGUUCAGUCUGAUAUCAUUACCGACGGGCGAUCUCAAGCUGCAUGCGAACCAGAUCUUGAUAUGCCCUCGGCCAUGUCCCAGUGAUAUCCUGGCAAAAGUAGGCGGCAUGGACGCCAAGAUGACCUGGCAAGUGACAGGCACAGCAUGUUAUGAGAACAGUCUCUGGGCAGUGUCUGUCAAACCAGUUCCAGAAACCGCGCAGUAUCACACAGAAAAUCCGACGCCACUAGUAGUCAUUGCCUUGAGAAAAGGCGCGCGGCCAGCGGAUGCCGCCAGGAUACAAAGCUGGCAGCCUGUGGUGCCUCAAGACGCCUUCACGUUCGAGACGACUGUGGGCGAGAAAGUCAUGCUACGAAUCGAGCCUGUCGAUGACUUCGAGCGGAAUGCUAAGCGUAAGUUCGAGGCAGAAUCCGAAAACAGCAGCCGAGGUCGCUUUGGUCAUCCUGGUGCCAGGGGAGGCCACUUCACUAGUAGCCGCGGUGGUGGGCGAGGCGGACCUGCUGGGAAUUUUAGAGGCAAUAACAGUCGUGGCCAACACAACCGUGGCGGAGCGCGUGGCGGGCACACCAGGGGUGGACGAGGAGGCGGUGCUGGAGGAAAUGGUGGUGGCGGCAAGCGCAACAAUCACUAUCAAUCCCUCGACGAUGUGGGCACCAAAGAAGCCCAAAACGGACCGGGCGGGUACGGAGCAGUCUCAUACGACGACAGUUUUCCGGUGCUGGGCGUGCAAGGAGGACAGAAGGGCAGGUCAAAACAGCAGCAGCAAGGUGGUGGGGGCGGCUGGAAUGGCAACGCCAGUGCCAACAAUAGUACGACAGGCAUGGGCAGCUUGUAUUGA